AUGGCUCUACACAACCUGAGCAUGGCGAUGUUCCUAAUCGUCGCAUUAACCCUAGCCACCGCCGAAGAGAACUCCCAAUCCCCGCCGGUGGCCGCGUUUUACGACGUCCUCUCCUCCAACGGUCUCCCAAUCGGCCUCUUCCCAAACGGCAUCUCCAAUUUCUCCGUCGACCCCGCCUCCGGCAGUUUCCGGAUCCAUCUGCAGCGCCCUUCCCCGUGCGCCGCCAAUUUCGAGACGCGCUUGAGGUACGAAACUGACAUCUCUGGCAGCGUGCGCUACGGGAGAAUUGAUGAUCUGUCGGGGGUUUCCGCGGAGGAGCUUUUCUUAUGGCUGCCCGUGAAGGGCGUCGAGGUGGAUGUGCCGAGCUCUGGGUUGAUUUAUUUAGACGAAGGGGUCGUCUCCAAGCAGUUGUCCCUGUCGUUAUUUGAGACGCCUAAGGAUUGUAACGCCGUGGAUGGUGGGGUAGGAAAUGACGACGUCGUUCGGUUGCGGAAUUUUGAGGUUGGUAAUCCAGUAUUGGUUUAA